UGUUAACAAGAUUAAUUUGCUCGUCGCAACAAUUAAUAGCGAGUAGUAGCUUUACUGAUUCCAGUACUGAUCCUUCUUUGCCUGCCACGGUGCAUGUUUGCUUAACACCUACUCUCUCUGGAAAUUCGUUCGCUUUCCCCAGAACCGUCAUUCUCUGGACAAUUCUAUCAACCGAGAUGAAGAGGGGAAAUUUGAGGAUCGAAAACAAGAGCGGAUAGAAUUACGAGAAUGGUUGAAAAAAGUAUGUACAAAAGGUUGUGUAGUUGAGGACCCUUGUUUCCAUUGUACGUGUCCCUGGACAAUUUCCAGCGGUGAGAAAUAUGUUUUUUUCUUUUAAAGUUGUUAAAUGUGAAUUAAAUGAUGGUGGUGGAAAAUAAGCAAUUCUUGAGGAGCCAUGGAGUUUGACUUCUGUUGAAAUGGUGAAAUCUGUUUUAAAUGUUUUGAGUUUUGUUUCCCACACAAGCUUUCAAGCCAUUAACUUGGGAUGACCCUCUUCCAGCUAACCUUUAUUGUCUCCAAGUUAUGCUACCAUAUUUGACUUGUCAAGAUGUCAACACGAGCUUCUACAGAUGUUAGCCUCAAUAAAGCUGUUCCAGAAUAUAGAUGCUCGCGAGCUUCUUAUUUUGUGUGAAGGGCAGAUAAGGGGCUGAUUGAUAUUUUUUAUUCCUUGUUUCCUGUCCACCGAAUGUCAAGAGAAUAUAGAUGUUAUCUGAUGGUUUCAUUUUCUAUAUUUGCAUAGAUGGAACACAUGAAGAGUGUCACGAGUGACAACCCUUCUACUUCCCCUGGCAAUAAAAUGAAGAAACCAGGAGGCCAUAAAAAUUAUUCUAAUAAAGACAACAAUGUGCAAAAUGAUCUUUGGACAGAUGGGCUCAUUUGUGCUUUUGAAUUCGUCUGGGGGCCAAAAAAAUCAAUUCAUUCAAGAUCUCGUUCGAAAAUCCCAUCACGAUGGCAAGUGGAUGGUGAAGAUUUAAAGAUGCAAGUGCCUGCAAAUGGAAAAGCCGAGUCUUCUUCCCCGACAAUAGAUGGGAACAAACUAUUAGAGUUGUAUUCCUUAAAAGAACUCGGAAGCAAUGAGACUUCUUCUUUUGAUGACUACAAAUAUGUUCAGACCCAUCAAUCAAACCAAUGCCAGGGUAUAGAAAGACUUGAAGGUAGUCAUUGGGUACCAAUUGGCUGGGCUAGAAUUUCAGAACUUGUUAAAACUGUGCAAGUGGAUGCUGAACUGUCCUUGCCGGAGUUUGAGUCCAUAGAUGAUGACUUAACUGUUGCAGAUCUAGCAGCUCCCUAUUGGGAACGUCCAGUAGGGCCCAUAUGGUGGUGCAAUGUGUCUGCAGGUCACCCCUCGGUUCAGGCAUGGCUCAGCAAUUGUCAGCUGUUUCAUCCAGCUGUAAGUUUAGCUCUAAGAGAUGAAAGUAUCCUAACUAGCGAGAGGAUGAAGCACCUUUUGUAUGAGGUCCCAGUUAGAGUUGCUGGGGGGCUGUUAUUCGAGCUCUUGGGACAAUCAGUUGGUGUUCCUUUUGUUGAUGAGGAUGACAUCCCCAUUGUUCUUCGGUCUUGGCAAGCACAAAACUUCCUAAUAACAGCAUUGCACUUAAAGGGAAAUGUUUCCAGAACAAAUGUGUUGGGUAUCACAGAAGUUCAGGAGCUGCUUUCUUCUGGAGGUUAUAAUGCACCAAGAACGGUGCAUGAAGUCAUUGCACAUUUGGCUUGCCGCCUUACUCGAUGGGAUGAUAGGCUAUUUCGUAAAGACAUAUUUGGGGCAGCAGACGAGAUUGAAUUGAAGUUCAUGGACAGGAGAAACCAUGAAGAUAUGCAACUCUUUAGUGUAAUUCUCAACCAAGAAAUUAGAAAGUUAUCGAGACAGGUGAUCAGAGUGAAGUGGUCACUUCAUGCAAGAGAAGAGACUGUGUUUGAACUUCUCCAACAUUUGAGAGGAAAUGUGGCAAGCAGCUUGUUAGAGGGAAUAAGAAAAAGUACAAGAGAAAUGAUUGAGGAACAAGAAGCUGUUCGUGGCCGCCUGUUUACCAUUCAAGAUGUGAUGCAAAGUACUGUUCGUGCAUGGCUGCAGGAUAAAAGCCUUCGAGUAACCCAUAAUCUUGCUGUUUUUGGGGGCUGUGGCCUUGUUCUUUCUAUCAUCACUGGGUUAUUCGGGAUCAAUGUUGAUGGAAUCCCGGGAGCAGAUAGUACACCGUAUGCAUUUGGUUUAUUUGCAGCGAUCCUCUUCUUCUUGGGAUUUCUACUAAUUGUAGUUGGACUGGUUUAUCUUGGGUUCAAGAGGCCUGUUACGGAGGAACAGGUUGAAGUUAGGAAGCUGCAGCUGGAAGAGUUGGUUAAGAUGUUUCAGCAUGAGGCAGAGACUCAUGCUCAAGUUCGUACAAAAUUUUCUCGGAAUAGCUUGCCCCCAACUGCUGGUGACAUAUUAGAUGAUGUGGAUUAUGUUCUCAUACAAUGACUAUAUGCUUGUUCUAUACAUUCUGCACCACUGGGCAGUGACCAGGCUCCUGACCCAAAAAAUAAAAAUAAAAAUAGUAGUGAUCAAUCUUGCUGAUUGCUACUUAUUUUUGCAAGUUAGACUGGUUUAGAAAAGAGAGUGAAGGAUCAUGGAGAAGACGAUGGAUGUGAUACCCGAAUGUUAGAAUGUAAUCUUUAACGACUACUAAGAGAAUUUUGAUAUGGUUUACUUGAUUCAAAGCUCUCAUUGGCC